AUGGCGGCGAUGGAGCCGGAUGUGGAGGCUUUACCGCGCGGGGGCUUCAGAUGCUGCCUCUGCCAAGUGAACACCGCUAAUCGACCCAGCCUGGAUGCCCACCUCAAGGGCAAGAAGCACCUCCGGCUUGAAGAGCUUCGGGCGACAAGAAGGGCCCAGGGCCUGCGGAGUGUGUUUGUCAGCGGCUUUCCCCGGGGCCUGGAUCCGACCCAGCUUUCUGAAUAUUUUCAGGCCUUCGGGCCUGUGGCUAGCAUUGUCAUGGACAAGGACAAGGGUGUGUUUGCCAUUGUUGAGAUGGGAGACACAGGUGCCCGGGAUGCCGUUUUGGCCCAGACCCAGCAUGUUCUUAGUGGCCAUCGACUCCGUGUUCGGCCUCGGGAACAGAAAGAGUUCCAGACUCCAGCUCCCAAGUCCCCCAAAGGGGCACCUCCAGAUGACCAGCAACUGACCCAGGCCCUGGCAGAGGCUCCAGAUGUGGAGGCCCAGAUGGUGAAGCUGGUGGGGCUUCGAGAGCUCUCUGAAGCUGAGCGACAGCUACGAGGGCUCGUUGUGAUGCUGAUGCAAGAGGUCUUCACUGAGUUCUUCCCUGGCUGCGUCAUCCGUCCCUUUGGCUCCUCCACAAAUGGCUUUGGUGUCCAUGGUUGUGACCUUGACCUCUUCCUGGAUAUGGGCAGUUUGGAGGGGCCCCAGCGGGACCCAAAGGCCCCAGCCUCUCCAGCUUUGGACUCUGCCCUUGCUUCCCCACUGGAUCCUCAAGCCUUGGCCUCCACCCCAGCUUCCCCUGUAGACUCUCAGGCUCCAGCUUCUCCCCAAGACUCUGAAACCCCCACCUCUUCCCUAGCCCCUCUGACCCCUGACUCUGCCUUGGCGUCCGAGGCCCUAGCCUCCCCGCAGUCUUUGCCCCCAGUUUCACCCAUCCAAGAGGAGCUGAGAGAGAAGGACCUGGGGGAGGCCUGGGAACUUGUUGGAGCCCUGAACGGGGAGGAAGGAGAGGGGGAGGCGAUGCUGGAACUUGUUGGGUCUGUCCUCCGAGGCUGUGUCCCUGGGGUGCACAGUGUCCGGACAGUGCCUUCGGCUCGACGCCCUGUGGUCAAGUUCUGCCAUCGGCCCUCUGGUCUUCACGGUGACAUCUCCCUCAGUAACAGGCUGGCUUUAUAUAAUUCACGGUUCCUGAACUUCUGCUGUGAGCUGGACAGGCGGGUUCGGCCUCUGGUCUAUACCCUGCGCUGCUGGGCUCAGGGACGAGGACUGACGGGGAGUGGCCCUCUUCUGAGUAAUUAUGCCCUGACUCUCUUGGUGAUCUACUUCCUUCAAACCCGGGACCCUCCUGUGCUGCCCCCCCUCACAAGGCUCACCCAGAUGGCAGGUGAGGAGGAACAGGUUGAGGUGGACGGCUGGGACUGCAGCUUCCCCCAGGAGGUUUCCUGCCUGGAGCCUAGCACCAACACUGAGCCCCUUGAUGCCCUCCUGGCCCAGUUCUUUACCUGUGUCUCCAGCUGGGAGCUCCGAGGCUCGCUGCUGUCGCUGAGGGAAGGCCGACCGCUGCCCGUAGCAGAGGGCCUGCCCCCUGGUCUCUGGGGGGGCUUACGAGUUGGUCCUCUGAACCUCCAGGACCCUUUUGACUUGAGUCAUAACGUGGCAGCAAAUGUGACCAGCCGAGUGGCUGGUCGCCUGCAGAACUGUUGUCGGGAUUCAGCUAAUUACUGCCGAAGCCUCCAGUUCCAGCGUCGUUCGCCCCGGGGCCGGGACUGGGGUUUGCUUCCUCUGCUUCAGCCCAGCUCUGCCAACUCCCUGCUCUCUGUUACUCCCAUCCCCCUGCCCUCGGCCCCCUUCUCCCAGCUCUGUGCUGCCAUCACUCAGGUGUUAGAGGAAAUACUGGGGUGCCAGGUAGAGCAGAGCAGCAAGAGGCGGAGGCCAGAAGAAGAUGGAGAUGGGGAGGAGUGGCCCCAGGGAGGACCCAGUAAGAGACUAAGAUUAGAGAGGGAGGAAGAGCAGAAGGGAUCCCUGCAGGAUCAGGCAUCUGAGGGGCACCAAGGAGAGGCUGCCGUCGAAGAGAUGAUGCUGGUGGCUGAUGACAAAGAGGACCAGCCAUCAACCACAGGGGACGUUGGGCAGUCAGGGGAGCAGCCACAGGGGCUUUGGCAGCAUUGGAUUGAAAGGAGAGGAAAGCCGGAAAAUCCAGGGACUGAAGAGAUGGAAACUGCCCGGGGAGGGGAGGAAGCAGGGCUGGGGAGGACACAAACCUGGCUCUGUGCACUGCGGCGCCGGGUGUGGCUUGGGCGGCGGAGGCUCCGGAGGCAGUUGCAGCAGCAAGCCAAAGGAGAAAUAAGCUGGCUGCAGGCUGAGACUCUGGUGACCCAGGAGCUGAUGACCCAGGAGAGCAGGAAGCAGAGAAAAGAGCCAGAGCCGCCACAGCCCCUCCUCACCUUUACUGCUUCUGUCAGCCCCACCGGCCAGUUCUUGACUCUCACCCAGCUCCACGAUCCUCAGGGCCUGUUCCCUGAUCUUCAUCACUUCUUACAAGGCUUUCUACCACGAACUCUUCGGGGCAUCCUCGGGUGUGAGAAAGGCGACUGAGGAGAGGAAGGGGCAAUAAAGUGCUUUUUACACAA